AUGCCCCCAAGAGAAGUCAAGAAGUGUACCGCUUCCUCCCAUGGUUCCCCUCUCAGUCCUACCGGUGUCCACCCUGCUGGUUCCAACCUUUGUUCAGGACCUCCGCCUGUCGCAAACAACCCAGCCGCUGCAUCAUCAGGACGACAUCCAUCUGUAGAAUCGAUCAUAUGGUCCAAGGUCCAGUCCUUUUCGGAAAACGAUCGCAUAUUCCUUACACGCGACUUUGAAUCAGUCAGCAAAACCCCUAAGAAACUAGAAUAUUAUAAUAUUAUCUAUCUUUUCAAUCCCGGUACCAAAAGUCGCCCUUCUCACAGUAAGACCGAACUCAAAGAUGCCUUCCUGCGUGAAGUCAGACCUUUACUCUCACCAUUUAAACCACUUGACCGCAAGACCACCCGACCAAUGCUUUCAAAAGCAAUUGCAAAGAAGGCCCCUGACUUCAAGAUUCCAUCCUCAGCAACCAUUGAUGACAUCUUAAUUGUAUACAAGUUCUACGUCGACAAAGACCUUGCUAUUCCAGUCAACAAUCGCUUCACUAGAAGGCCUUGA